UCCCGGAGCGAGCUGCGGAGGCGACGCCAGCAAUCUGCAUUUAAACAUUUUCAAAGUGUCCGCCGUAACUAUAAAAUAAACUCAUCAUGCCGGGGGUCCUUCAACCCUUAAAACCCGUAUAUAAGGGAAAGUUCACCGAUACGGACCCCGUGUUAUGUACAGCGGGGAAAUUAGUGCCUAUUACUGGAAGCGUUUUGGAAUGUCUGACUGAAAUUCAGCCCAGGCCUAUUACACCACCCACGGUAAAAAAGUUUUUCAAUAGUAGGAAUCCCAAACCUGGUGCUGCCACAAUUUUCUAUGGCAAGGCAAAUGAUCCUGAUAUUGCAUCACUUUUGCAACAUGGAGUUUCUAGCAAACCCUCUCAUUCUGUUGCUUCUUUGAUAAAUCCUCCAAUCAGGACACGGGUCCAGCACAUAUUUUCAGACAAAAUUACUGCAGCUUAUCCAAGCCAUCGACGAGCUCCACUGGGAAAGUCUCACAAUCAAGCACCAGGACUACCCAAAGGACUAGAUAUAUAUAAUACCACAUUUGGGAAAAGAGUAAUCAAAGAUAUCACUGCUGGAGAGCUUGUAAACCCACCAAAGACUCGACAACAAAUUUAUGAAGAAUCGCAAAGUGGACAUCCACUAUAUAUUGUAACACAUAAUGAUUACAAUGUUGGGGAACAGGUGGAUAGAAAAUACAAUUGGUCAAGAAUCAGCAAAGAAAGUGCAUUUGGAAUAGAGACUCCUUAUUUCAAUGAUGGAAGAUUGGCUGCAAAAUCAUUGCGCUGGUUAACUGAAAUGCAACAGCAAAAAUCUGCAAUGAUCAUAUCAAAAAAAAUUGAUGACUUCAGAGAAAAAACCCACCAUCAAGUUGGAAAAGUCCUUGAUCCAAUUGUAGAUACUCUGAAGGUUCCUCCUGAUCACACAUUUGGUGUCCUACUGCAUCCUGAUGAGUAUGGUGUUGGAGAUCUUAUUUACAAUAGGACUCCUACCAAAUUCCGCCGAGAAAAAGACAGGGAAAAGGGGAAUUUAACUACCAUUCGGCAGCAUUUGAAAAAAACUAACUUCCAGAAUUUCAGAACACUUCUUGAAGCUUUUCGACAUUAUGACAAAAAUGGUGAUGGUAAAAUUGACCGAGAAGAGCUACGAGAUGUCCUUUUACAGUUUAACCUUAAGUUAGACCCCAAGCUGAUGGAUGAAUUAUUUGACUACUGUGACGUGGAAGGGGUUGGCACCAUCAACUUCUUAGAGUUUGCAAAUUUUCUGAACUGGAAAGAUAAAAUGCCUCUGGGAGAAACAGAACAAAAGAUUAUUACAAAAGGAAAUGCGACAAAUGAUGCUGGCUGUGGGCUAGUAGCACCGGAUGAUAUUGUACCAUUAGAAAUUGGUAGUUCAGUCAAGACACUCAAAACUAUAACCAGAAAAGAAGAUAAGUCCAAUGGCCACUAUCGCACAAGCUCUUCACUGAUUAAUGCAGUUGUUGGUAGUUAUUCACCAGAAAAUUUUCGAACUUGUGGUGUACCUACUAUUCGUACUGACUUAGCAGCCCCUCGUUUUCGUCGUAUUAGUGAUACGAUUAACUAUGGUGAUGAAGCAACUGCUUCGGGCUUGCUGAAUCCUUCUAUCUUUGCUCAAAGUCAAGUUUAUGAGAAGGACAUGUUUUUAGACAGGUCCAAAGAAGAGAUAAAGCAAAUAUUUUGUAAGGCUGGAGUGGAUAUGCCUAGGGAGACCUUUGAAGAGGUAUGGCAGCGCGCUGCAAAGAAACAUUCAAAGGGAGAAGUUUCCGUAGAGACAUUCCGUGAGGUCCUGGAUGAAAUCCAGACAUCAGAGACUUUAACUUGUUAAUGAUUUAGUAUUUCUCUAGGGAAUCUAAGAUUUCUUAAAAAUUAAAUGCAUAAAAUUUUGUAAUUGUUUUUAAAGUUUUUGAACA